AAUAAAAUAGUAUCCUUCCAAUUUGAUCCCAAGGCACAAUUGGAACACGGAUAUUGUAUACAAUAAUAAUUCCGGCCGUCCCUAGUUUUGGGCUUAAGAACUUCUCUCUCAAAAAGAGUCUUUUCCUUUUCUUGAGCAGAGCCUUCGUCCGAAGAUAUCUCCGUUUUCUGUCGGCGUUGAUCACAAAUCUUACCUAAAGCUACUGGUCUGGUGGUGUUUCUAAAUUUGGUACAGAGUGUUUACUUCUAAAAAGCAGAGAUUGUGAAGUCUUUGGUGUUUCUGAAUUGACUUUAUCGUUAUCAAUUUCUGGCUGGGGUUUCUUUAAGUUGGUGUUUUUGCGGUUUGAAGAUGGAUCUGGAAAAAGCUUUUCAAGAAAUGUCAAUUACAGAUGAUACUCCUCUGGUCCUUUCUAAUCAACCCAAGUUCUGUUCAAGCGAAAGAAAUAGUUGUAGUAUUAUGGGUAGAUUUCUGAAUCCUGAGAAUCAAAGGAUGUCUAAUUGGAUAUUGGAUAUGCCAAGAAUUUGGAGACUAUAUGAUAGGGUUCGGGGUAUUGCUCUAUCAAAAGACAAGUUUCAAUUUUUCUUUAAGUCUGAAGAAGAUUUAGAAGGAGUUUUGAAACAAGGAGUUUGGACUCAGGAUGAUUGGUGUGUAGUGAUGGAGAAAUGGAUCGAAAAACCUCCGCAUGAUUAUUUGAUGCUACUCCCGGCUUGGAUUCGUCUUCGUAAUAUUCCAGUUAACUACUACACUAAAGACACGAUUCAAGAGAUUGCGGAGUGUGUGGGACAAGUCUUGCAAGUAGUCUUCGAUCAGGAGAAAUCUCAAGUUCAAGACUAUGUUAGGGUGCGUGUGUUGUUAGAUGUCUCAAAUCCUUUGCGUAAUUCUAAAGAAGUACAGUUACCAUCAGGGGAGAUUGUUUUAGUUUCUUUUGAUUAUGAAAGGAUCAGGAAAAGAUGCUUUCAAUGUCAAAGACUAACUCAUGAGAAGAAUAGAUGCUCUUUCAAGCAGUCAGUUAUAAAAGAACAUUCCUCCUUGGUUUCUAAGGAUCAAGAAAAAUUGAAAGGGAUCGCUCUGAAAGAUAUAGAGCAACCGAAGGAGAACUCUAUGGAUAUAAAAAUAAUGGCCGAUGCGAUGAAAAGUGCUUCAAAUCAAAGUAACCUUGUGGUAUUAAAAUCAGUUGAUGAAGAUGAGUCAGAAGCUUUGUCAGACUUGGAUCUUCUUCUCGGCUUUAGUACAGGAAGUAUGGAGGCUAGUUCUUCGGGAACAGUUCCACUAGAGAAUAACAAAAGGAAGAUGCAAACUUCAUGUUCUAGAAAAGCUAAAAAGGUCAAACAACUACCUAUGAAGGAAAAGGUUAGUGAACUACUCUCUCAAAAUCAGUUUGAGAAAGUCUUUAAAAGGAAAGCACAAUCAACAAGGAAAGUGUAUACAAAGUGUAUGAAGGCAGAUAAUAAUCCGGUGGUUCCUUGUGAACCGCCGUUGGAUCAGUAAGGCGUCUUAAGUUGGAAUUGCCAAGGUUUGAGGAAUCCUUGGACAAUUCGACAUCUAAAGGAGAUGAGAAAGGAUCAUUUCCCAGAUAUUUUAUUCCUCAUGGAGACUAUGAAUUCAGAUGAGUUUGUUUUAAAAAUUUUUAGUUGGCUUGGUUAUGAUUAUGUGCAUACAGUAGAACCGGAAGGAAGAAGUGGUGGCUUGGCGAUUUUCUGGAAAAAUCAUUUGGAGAUUGAAAUUCUUUUUGAAGACAAAAAUCUCCUAGACUUGAAGGUAUCACAACAUAAUAAAAGUUGGUUUGUGUCUUGUGUUUAUGGUCAUCCGGUGAUGAAUCUCAGACCUCUUUUGUGGGAAAGAUUGAGUAGUAUUGGUGUUGAUAGGAAAGAAGCUUGGUGUAUGAUAGGAGAUUUUAAUGAAAUCCUUUCUAAUAAGGAUAAGUUAGGUGGCCCUAGACGUUUGAUCUCUUCAUUUCAGUCUUUUCAAGAUAUGUUGAAGAACUGUGACAUGCAUGAAUUGGGGAGCUCAGGGAAUAGUUAUACGUGGGGAGGAACACGGAAUGAUCAAUGGGUUCAAUGUAAACUUGAUCGAUGUUUUGGAAAUUCCUCUUGGUUUUCUAUGUUUCCAAAUUCUCAUCAAUGGUUCCUU